UUCAAAUCUGCACUGCAAGUAGACAGUUCUAACCAUCCAAAAUGAAAUUCUUCAUCGUUGCUCUGGCCUUGCUCGCCCUGGUUGCUGCCCAAGACGACAAGUACACCACCAAGUACGACAGCGUCAACAUCGAUGAGAUCCUGAAGUCCGAGCGGCUGUUCAAGAACUACUAUGCCUGUCUUAUGGACACCGGUGCCUGUACCCCAGAUGUCAACGAACUGAAGCGUGUCCUGCCCGAUGCCCUGGAGAACAACUGUGCCAAGUGUAGCGAGAAGCAGCAGACCGACAGCACCAAGACCAUCAAGUACCUGACCGAGAACAAGCCAGAGGAAUGGAAGGCUCUGAAGGCUAAGUACGACCCCGACAACAAGUACGUCGAGAAGUACGUUGCCGAUGCCGACAAGGAAGGAAUCAAGCUGUAAACAAUCGGGAGAUUCUGAGAUUAAGAAUGAACUGAACUGUUUUCUAGAAGGCAAAAAAUGAUGUGUUUUACGAUUGGAUUACCACGCUUGGAAUAUAAUGUAGUUCUAUUGAAUCCUUAGUGCAGAUGAACUUGCUGUGACAAUAAAUGGAUUUCAGUAACUAA